AUGGACAGUUUAAAAGAUUUAGAAGAAGCGUUACAAGAUAUAGGAACGCAAGAUUCACAAGCUUUACAAGCUUCACAAGCUAAAGAAGAACCUAAACCGAGUUUAAGCCCUCGAAAAAAGCUAAUAGCUAAUAGAAGUCAAAAGACUCAACUAAGUCUAGAAGCUCAUGAAAGAGAAAAAAGAUAUGAAAGAGAAAAAAGAUAUGAAAGAGAGCUAAAAGUUAAAGAAAAUCAAAAAAUUAUGCAAGCUAAUAGAGAGCAAAAAGCUCGAGAAUAUGAAGAGCUUCAAAAAUUUGAAAACUCCCUAAAAAUGAAAAAAGCCGACCAAACGAAACUAAAUCAGCAAAUGGAAAGAACAAUACGAGAUGAAAUAGCUAGAAGAAGAACUGAAAUAGAGCUAAAAGAUAAACUAGCUAAACUAGAUAAAAAAUCUCAAGAAAGUCUACAACAUCAAAAAAAUAAAAUGCAAGGAAAAUUUGAGAAAGAGCUAGAAGCUGAAAAAGCUUCCCUAGCUGAAAUGGUCAAGCAACUUAAAAUGACUCGAAAAAGAAGAUCUCAAGCAGUUCUGGCAGGAGCAGUGCCACCGAAACGCGCCUCAUCAAACAAUAAAUAA